AUGGGAUUUCCCUAUAUCAAACAGCUUUGCGAGCUCUCAAAAAAAGGAGACUUGGAAAGCAUCUGCCGUUUGAUAGACGAGCACAGAAAGGGCUCUGAUGAGGGUCAGAUCAAGAAAGCAAUGGAGAAGGCAUUGUUUAUAGCUUUUGAAUUCGGACAUCCGGAGAUCGUUCAAUUUUUUGUCAACUAUGGAGUCAAUGUCACUAUCAAAGAUGACGAUGGGAAAACUCCAAUGCAUUGGGCAGCAGAGAAAAGACACACAGAAAUUGUGAGGAUUUUGGUUGAAAAUAAUGCCGAUUUGAAUGCAAAAGAUUCAGAUAAGGUAACUUUAAUGCAUUGGGCAGCGGAGAACGGACGCACAGAAAUUGUGAGGAUUUUGGCUGAAAAUAAUGCCGAUGUGAAUGCAAAAAAUAAAAAUAAUGAGGUAAAGAACUGUUGA